CUUCAUCGACGGUGAAUCCAGUGGAAUAUUCUAGUCGCUCCGUAAAAAAAACUUUCCGUAUGAACCAUCGCCGUUAACUUUCCAUCUCCUAUAAGAACUCCUCACUUCAUCACGAUCUCAGCUCAACAGAGUCAACACCACACAUCUCGUCACCUCUCCAAUGGCGAAUAUUUCACCACACAACAAAAACUAGAUUGAACUCGAACCCAAUUCACCAAUUGCCCAGUACUUCCAUGAAAGCCAAGAAAGAGAGCCAAAAAAACCUAGAUUGAACUUGUACCCAAUUCGUCAAAUGGCCAAUACUACCACGAAAAGCAAGAAAGAGAACCAGGGUCUUCUCUUAGGCCGAUAUGAGACCGGAAAGCUGCUCGGCCAAGGAACAUUCGCCAAGGUAUACCAAGCCCGAAACAUCAAGACCAACGAAAUCGUCGCCAUCAAAGUCAUCGACAAAGAGAAGAUCCUCAAAGGCGGUCUCAUCGCCCACAUCAAGCGCGAGAUCUCCAUCCUCCGACGUCUCCGCCACCCCAACAUCGUCCAACUGUUCGAAGUAAUGGCUACAAAGACCAAAAUCUACUUCGUCAUGGAGUAUGUAAAAGGCGGCGAGCUCUUCAAUAAAGUUGCCAAAGGCCGAUUGCCUGAGCAAGUCGCAAGAAAGUACUUCCAACAGUUGAUUUCCGCAGUCGGGUUUUGCCAUGCUCGAGGCGUGUAUCACAGAGAUCUCAAGCCCGAGAAUCUAUUGUUGGAUGAAGAUGGUGAUCUCAAGGUGUCUGAUUUUGGGCUCAGCGCCGUUGCCGACCAGAUACGGCAGGACGGGCUGUUUCACACCUUUUGUGGGACGCCGGCGUACGUUGCGCCGGAGGUUUUGGCCAGAAAAGGGUAUGAUGCGGCCAAGGCUGAUUUAUGGUCAUGUGGGGUUGUUCUGUUUGUAUUAAUGGCGGGUCAUUUGCCAUUUCAUGAUAAGAACGUCAUGGUAAUGUAUAAGAAGAUAUACAGAGGUGAGUUUCGGUGUCCACGGUGGUUCUCACCGGAGAUAAUUCGCCUCGUGUCGCGUCUUCUCGACACCAAUCCGGAGACCCGGAUCACAAUCCCGGAGAUUAUGAACCAUAAAUGGUUUAAAAAGGGGUUUAAGCAUAUCAAAUUCUAUAUUGAGGAUAAUAAGUUAUGCAGUGUUCCGAAUGUUGAUGAUGAUGAUGGUGUGGAUUCAUUUUCGGAUCAAUCACUGUCGGAAUCAGAGUCGGAAAUGGAAAGUAGGAGGAGAAUUGGGAAUUUGCCUAGACCGGCGAGCUUGAAUGCGUUUGACAUUAUAUCAUUUUCGCCUGCAUUUGGUUUGUCCGGGCUGUUUGAGGAGGAAGGAGAGGAAGCCAGGUUUGUGUCCGGAGCUCCAGUGUCGAAGAUUAUAUCAAAAUUGGAGGAGAUUGCGAAGGUGGUUAGUUUUUCAGUGAGAAAGAAGGAUUGCACGGUGAAUUUUGAGGGGACAAGAGAGGGAGUGAAGGGACCUUUGACCAUUGCAGCUGAGAUAUUCGAAUUAACGCCGUCAUUGGUGGUGGUGGAAGUGAAGAAGAAAGGAGGGGAUAAAGGAGAGUAUGAGGAUUUCUGUAAUAAGGAAUUGAGGCCUGGGUUGCAGGACCUUAUGCUGGAGGAAUCUGCUGCUUCUUCACUUUUGCCUUCAGAUACUGAAUGAAGAAAGAAGAGAAAAGGGUGGACAACUUGCAGUGGUCAAAGCAUAAUUUUCUACAAGGACAAAGCUAGACAAAUUAUGUUACAUAUUUCAAUGGACCACAUCCACACAACAUGUGUAAUGUCAUACUGUGCUAGUCCUUAUCCCAUUUUCUUUCUAGGGUUGAUCUUUGGAUUGGAAAACAUAUAUUUUUUUUCGUAGUGUUUA